AUGGCCGCAAAGAGCGAACGACCGGACUCCGUCGCCUCAGUCACCACUGGUUCUGGAGGAAGAGCCUUCACUCCCUCGGCUCCAUCCCAACCAUCGAGACCGAACACGACAGAGCCGGCGCCGGCUAUGCGAAGCACAGCUCGAACGAAGACGAUGGCAAAGCCUCGCUCGAUGCUCAUGCGAAUCACCGCGCGUGGCAGCAUGCGUGGGCGUGAUCAGGGACUUAAGGAGGCCGAUGUUUACCGCGCUGGCCAGGGCUACGGCAAGGGCUUUGGCCCUUGCAAGCCAGCUUCAGCAUCUCCCUGUGAAACUGCCUUGGUCAAUGGACUCACUGAUUGGCAGCUGCCCUUCUCAGAGGCGCCGCAGACGGAGAUCCUGCUCCAGAACGACAAGGUCGAGCUGGGCGAGAAGUACAACAUGAAGAUCAGCUCCCGGUUUCAACCUCUGACAGCAACGACGUCUCGCUACCAUUUCCAACUGCCCACCUCGGAGCAGAACAGGCGCUACAGCAACAUGAAGCUCAAGCCUUCCGAAGCACAGGGACCCGCCAGUAUCGAGAGUACAGCGAGUCAGAGGCCAGAGCGGCCAGAGUCAGACGAGUCGAGGCCGCCAACGCGACCAACGCCCAUGCUGACGAAGCUCCGCAUGCCUGUGAAGGAGGGCCUGACACGCCUGCGCCCGGGCGUGGCGUACAGCAUCUCGCGGCUGGAGGAGUGGUUCCUUCUGCUGGACACGAACCGCUCCGGGGAAGUCACGGUGCGUAAGCUGAUCCUGGGAAUGAUGAAACACCAGGAGAUCAUGGACCUCGUCUUCUUACUGAGGGAGAAGUCGGAAGGCCGCUUGUGGCAGCUCCGGCCGGAGGAUAGGCCGACCGCUGGAAAGCUGACGAGGGACGACAUGCAUUGGGUACGAGCGGUGCUGGAUGAGCUCGACGCUGCGGGAGGGGCCUCGAUGACGUGGCCAGAGUUUGUCGACUUCUUCCGCCAGACAGGGCUGCUCCUCGAGUACAGCACUCGGGACGAGCUCAACCAAUCAGAGCUGGGAGAGACAAACAUGGAAGAAUUUCUGCGGCGACAACAAGAAGAGUUUGACCUGGACCAAGUGAAGUUCUUCAGCGAGCAGCGGCGAGGAGCCAGGCUUGUUCCAGCCAGUCCAGAACAAUCAGAACGCAGAUCUAGCCGAUCGAGCUGCGCACUGGCGCAGACAACAUAG